AUGAUAUGGAACCUUGUUGGUAUCAAGUCGGCUGCAGCCUUUUGUGUUCUGUCCACUCGACAGGGUCAAACUAAGCACAGGAAGAUUCAUCUCUUUGACAUUGAUAUACCAGGCCAAAUGACGUUUAAAGAAUCAAAGACUCUUACAGCAGGGGACACCCCAACCGUUGUGGAUACAGAUGUCGGGCGCAUUGGUAUAGGUAUAUGCUAUGACAUUCGAUUCCAAGAACUAGCAACAAUAUAUGCAGCUAGAGGUGCCCACUUGAUAUGUUACCCUGGGGCUUUUAACAUGACCACUGGUCCUCUGCACUGGGAGUUGUUGCAAAGGGCAAGGGCAGCUGAUUGUCAGCUGUAUGUAGCGACGUGCUCACCUGCCAGAGAUUCUAAUUCUAGUUAUGUGGCUUGGGGACAUUCUACUCUUGUUGGACCAUUUGGAGAAGUAAUUGCAACAACAGAGCAUGAUGAGGCGAUAGUUAUUUCAGAGAUAGAUUAUUCCCUGAUUGAGCAGAGAAGAACAUUCCUUCCUUUCCAGAGGCAACGACGAGGGGAUCUUUACCAGCUGGUUGAUGUUCAGAGGCUGAAUUCCACAAGGACCAGUUAAAGACAUUGAAGAGUCAAUAUAACUGUAGAAGGAAAGAUAAAUGUUUAGAACAUCUUAAUGGAGUCAUUAAAAUUGACCGGCCACAAUUUUCCUUCUUACUAAUUUAGGUUAGUCAUGGUGUUAGAAUUGAGAUUUUUUUCCUCAUAAGUUGGAGAAUUAAUGCAAUAAAUGCUCCUUAUAUGCAUAUAUGCAUAUUGGUUUAAUGUUAUUGAUAAAGAAAAACGAGUUUGAAGUUUUUAUUA